AUGCCUCCCACAAACCUCUUCCCCCUCCCCUACCUCCUAGCCGUCCAACUCUUAACCCGCGACACGCCGGACGACACCACCGGCGAAGUUCCCAACAUCGAACCUGAGCCCGUGCCGCCCUACAAAUAUCCCUCAUGGGCCUUCGGCGUCGGCAUCCUCGCCGUCUUUGUCGUGUGCAUAUUCUUUUCGUUCACCUGCGCCGGCAUCAAUCGCCGCGUCAACCGCAAGGCGCUGCUGCGAGCCGAGUUUCCCUGCCUGAGUGCUAAUAUGGGCCUCGUCUCCUGUUUGGCUACGAGUUCGUCCACUGCGGCCGCGGCAUUUGUGAUGCCAGAGCAGGCAGAUGAGGUUAGGGCGUUAUCACCGCCGAUGGACAAGCAGAAGAAAGUAGUUGAUUUGAAGGCGGUGAAAAUCAAUAUGCAAAAUCUCAAGAUGCCAGCUGCGCUGCCAAAGGUGUUUGAGAAGUUAGGGAGGAAGAGGGAGAGGGGGGAGGUUGUCGCUGAUGGUGAUGUGGAGCUUAUACAGUUGAGCUCAGUGAAGGGGAAGAGUGGGCUGGCCCCGAAAGGAGGGAGGUGGACAUUGGAUAAACACGGAGCUUGGGUUUGGGAGGAGGGGGGAGGGAAGAAAGCUAGUCUAACAGGGAAGGGGGAUCAUAUGCUUGUGGAGGCGUAUGCGGGGAGGGAUGAGGAUAGCAUUGGGUUUGUGACGACGGAAGAGAGGUUUGAGAAUGUUGAUGCGAAAUAG